AUGGCACCACCACCUCCACCUGGUGCAUACCAACCAGGAACAAAACUAGUCGUUGGAUCACAUCAGAUCUCGAUCAUCAAAUACAUAUCAGCUGGUGGGUUUGCUCAUGUGUACACUUGUCAUAUUGAACCUGCAUUCCAUGGAUCCCACACUGCUUGUUUGAAACGGGUUGUGGUUCCAAGUAAAUGGCAAUUGAGUCUCCUUCGUCAAGAGGUGGAUGCUAUGCGAAGGCUACGAGGAAACAAACAUAUUGUGUCGUAUAUUGAUUCACAUGCAGCUCGAUUAAAUGAACCUAGCCACCAACAACAACAACAAUAUGAAGUGUUAUUGCUAAUGGAGUAUUGUGAAAACAACGGAUUAAUUGAUUUUAUGAAUACAAGACUAGUCAAUAAGUUAACCGAGAAGGAGAUUGUAGACAUAAUGUACCAAGUGACAAUUGGUGUUGCCAUGUGUCAUCAUUUACGACCUCCACUUAUACACCGGGAUAUCAAGAUAGAAAAUGUCUUAAUUGAUUCCAACCAUGUGUUUAAGUUAUGUGAUUUUGGGUCGUCAGUGAACUACAUGGCACCACCAAAAAACCCACAGGAGCUACAAUUAAUGAAAGAUGAUUUGAUGCAACAUACAACCCCACAAUAUAGAGCACCGGAAAUGAUUGACCUAACAAAAGGAUUCCCUAUAGAUGAUAAACUGGACAUUUGGGCGUUGGGAAUCUUUUUGUACAAAUUGUGCUACUACACCACACCGUUUGAGCUGCCCAACCAGUCAAGCUUGCAAGAUUUGGAAAGAGCUGUAUUGAACUGCUCGGAGACAUUGAGAUUCAAAGACCAGCCAGGGCUGAUGUUUUCACCUAGAUUGAAGAACGUCAUCAAAGUUUGCCUACGUGCAGACCCAAGGCGUAGACCAAAUGCCGUUCAAUUGUUGGGAGAAUUGUGCCAAAUGAGGGGAGAAACCAAGGUGCCAAAUGUUAUACCAGCUAGCAUCUUGCUAGCACCAGCCGAAGUGAAGAAACCUGUUGCUUCAGAGAUCAGAAAGUCCGUGAGCCCCCCACAACAGAACACUACCAAACUCGAAAAUAAAGCAAACAAGCCAGUUGAUGCUUUUGCAGCUAUUGAUAAAACAAAGUUCAUGAAGAAAUUGGACACGAAAACAAUAUCAUCCCCAUUUGAGCUGGAACCAAAACGGUCAAUAGCGCGUCCACUCAGUGCAUAUUAUGACAAUGGCCAUAAAUCCAAAAUUUACUCACAGGGAAACAAAUCGACACCAUCAAUUCAAGACAAAGUCAAGCAGGAACUUGCCAGAGGUUAUGAAACUACAGACUUGGGUGAAACAGAGGACACUAUGGAGUUUUUGAAAAACAAGGAAAGUGAGAGUCAUGAUAGUGGUGUGAAGUCAGCUUGGAAUAGCUUGAGAAGAAUCAGUACUGGUGGAAGCAAUACCUUGAGAAGGAUUAGCACAGGAGGAAGUAUCAGCGCCAACAACACAGGCGCCUCUGACUAUAGCAGCAGAAGGAAGAGUCUUAAACAAAUAUUAACUGGAAGUCGAAGAUCAUCAGAUGAGAAACUAAAGCCUGUAACCUCAGAAGAAACAGCAGAAAAGGAGAAACUGAUUCAAAAACGAAUGCAGGCAUUACUUGCUCAGAGCGAAUCACAACAAGUUCAUAAAACUGCACUGGGCUAUGGACGAUUCACUGAUAAGAAUGUGGUGGACGAUAUUGAUUCAAUCAAUGAGUCUCCUUACACGAAAAAGCCACCAGUGAAAAAGUUGGCACCUCCUAAGGUUCCAGUUAAUUUAUCAACAUCAAGACAACAUAAAUCGCCCACCCCUGAGCAUGUCAAAUCGCCGGCUCCGCCAAAAAAGAGUUUGCAAAAGCACAAAUCCCAUACUACUCCCUCAUUUAAAUCAAAGCCCGACCACUAUCACAAGAAGCCGCCCCCGACCAAGCCAAAGAAACCAACCUUUCUCAAGGCAGGUCAACCAACUCGUAGGUUGAGUACCGGUAGCGACUUAUCAAUACCAGAUAUAGAUGACCUAGAGAAGCAAUUUUCAAAGAGAUUCCCCAAUUAUGUCUAA